AUGAGCUCCGAGUUCAUAACAAACAUAGCCGAAUUACCAGAAGGCCACUUCCUCUUCACAUCUGAAAGUGUUAAUGAGGGUCACCCAGACAAGCUCUGUGACCAAAUUUCAGAUGCCAUUGUCGACGCUUGCUUCUCCCAAGACCCAAAUUCCAAAGUGGCUUGCGAAACCUGUGCCAAGACUAAUUUCAUCAUGAUUUUUGGCGAAAUUACUUCAGCAGCAAACGUAAAUUAUGAGCAAGUCGUCAGAGACGCCAUAAAACAAGUUGGCUACGACCAUAUCGACAAAGGCUUAGAUUAUAACACCUGCGAAGUAAUGGUGGCAAUUGAAGGCCAAAGCCCUGAUAUUGCCCAGGCAGUUCAUAUAAACAAGUCUGUUGAAGAAAUCGGCGCAGGAGACCAAGGUCACAUGUUUGGCUAUGCAUCAAAUGAGACCCCUGAGUGUAUGCCAUUGUCCCAUUUACUUGCCAAUAAGCUGGGAUUUAGACUUGCAGAGGUCAGAAAAAAUGGGCUUCUAGGGUGGGUGAGACCUGAUGGGAAAACACAGGUGACUGUGGAGUAUAGGCAUGAAGGAGGAAGAGUCGUCCCAUUGAGGAUCCAUACAAUUGUGAUAUCAACCCAGCAUGACCCAGACGUGUCAUUAGAAGAAAUCCAGCAGCAGCUUAAAGAACAUGUCAUUAAGCCAGUUGUCCCAGCUCAGUAUUUAGACGACAAAACUAUUUAUCAUUUAUAUUUUUUCAGAUAAAUAAUAAUUUUUUUUAUUAAAUAAAUAUUUGAAUAAAGCAUUCAGAAAAAGGGAUAAAUCCAUCAGGAAGAUUUGUGAUUGGCGGACCACAUGGAGAUGCAGGGCUCACAGGGAGAAAAAUUAUUGUAGACACUUAUGGAGGAUGGGGUGCUCACGGUGGAGGAGCUUUCUCAGGAAAAGACCCUACAAAAGUGGACAGAUCUGCAGCUUACGCUGCCAGAUGGGUCGCUAAGUCACUUGUAAAAGGCGGAUUCUGUGACAGGGCUUUAGUCCAAGUCUCCUAUGCAAUUGGUGUGGCCCACCCUCUCUCAGUCCACGUUGACUCUUAUGGGACUGUCAGAAAAGGCAAGACCGAUCACGAUUUAUUGCAAAUCGUCUAUAGAAAUUUCGAUUUAAGACCAGGCUGCAUUAUCAGAGAUCUAGCUUUAAAUAGACCAAUUUUCCAAAAAACAGCUGCAUAUGGGCAUUUCGGCAGAGAAGAAGAGGCUGAUUUUACCUGGGAAAUUCCAAAAGAUUUAUCUCACGAGCAUUAA